UCUUAAAAAAAGAUUUUGCCUGUUUAAAAAUGUUAGCGUUUUCUGAAAAUGUGUAGGCACUUCAUUAGUAUCAGUCGUGGUAAUGAUGAAUCUGUUGUGCAACGGUCUUUCAACCUGUUAUCUAAUCUUGCAAAUGAAACACGCACGUUAAGACUUUUGUGAACAAAAGGACCAAACGUUUGUACACUAAUUAAUACAACAAAAGCCCACUUGAUCCUCGCAUAUUGUAAACGGAAUAAACAACAAGGAUGCCUGAUACGAAGCAUAUAAUAAGUUUUCUUAUGAUUGUGCUGGCAGCCACAGGCAUGCUAUUCUGCGUCCUAGCAUUGGUCCUCAACACUUGGCUGGACUAUGGUGCUUUUUCUUCUAGUCUAUGGAAAGUAUGCAUUCUGGGACAAUGUGAAGAUUUCGAUGCUGUCAUAGUCGCAGCAAACUUAGGGUGGCUGAACGCAGUGCGAGCCUUCGCUUUCCUAGGUCUCUUUUGGAUGAUUAUUACAACGGUCGCAACUGUUCUCAAGAUUAUAAUUCUCUACAUGACUUUUGGGUUGUCUUCUUUGUCCGGUCUGUGUAUGAUGAUUGCGUUUGGUGUGUACGCAGACGACACGCAACAUGAGUACGGUGCUGGGUUGGCUCUUUGCAUCCUUGCAUGGCUGCUCGCCUGGGCAGUGGCGGGUCCGGGCGGCGUUCUCCUGAUUCUGAACCGGACCACAAGCUAAACGUGCAUGAAGACACCUUUAGAGGGCUACGAAAGAAUUACUGAUUACAAAAUAUAAUACCCAGUAAAUUGCAUGUUCUAAAUGUGCGGUCAACUGCGUAAAAAAGACAAUGUGGCUGUGCCUUAUUAAGUCAUAUGUGUCAGAUACAAAAUAAUUGUAAGUUUGCUUAAUGUACUCGAGCUGUUAAAACAUAUGCAGUACUUACACUAAAUUUAAAUAAACAUUAUAAGAUUCAUUUGUAAUCGCAACAACCAUUAAUAAUACUUUUUUCGUUUUAUUGGCAUCUGUUAAACUGAAGCUACAGUAUUAUCUUAUGAUAACAUUAUAAACCAUAAUGUAUAGACAAUGUAUUGACUGUGUGUAUUUGUUACACAAUUGUGUCCAAGUUUACUAUGUCACAUGGAAGCAACAUACAAACUUGCAUUGAAUGUUGUGUUUUGCAACAAGAAACAUGAUUAUAGUAAACUU